AUGUUCUGCCUUCGCUGUAGGGCUCUGCCCUCCCUCCGGACCCCGGUGUCCGCCAUGCACACCCCGAUGAACAGAAUCUCCCAAUUCACACCACAGACAACAUUCACACCCUCCGCGCUGCUCUCCUCCAGACCCUUCUCCUCCACGCUUCUCUCCACGCCCACCCGCCUCCAACCCACCAACACUCUCUCCUCCCGGGUUCCUUCGACAUUGGCACUCACUACCCCGUCGAUUUCAUCAUCGCUGCCCUCUCAAAUCCGCCCCUUCUCGGCAACCGCCUAUCUGGGCGUGAAGCGCUCGACGUUCCGGCCAUCGCGGCGAGUGCAAAAGCGCCGCUCUGGCUUCCUGGCCCGCAACACUUCCAGGAAAGGGCGGCUGACGAUUAUCCGGCGCCGGUUGAAGGGCCGCAAGGCUAUGAGCUGGUAA